GGCGGCGCCGCGGCGGCCCCCGGGGGGAGCGGGACGCCGCGGCGCGGCGGCGGCGGGGCCCCAUGUCGCGUGCCGCCGCGGCCAGGAGCUGGCGCAGCAGCCCGCGCCAGCUGCUCAAGUGGUACACCAAGCAGGUCGCUGACCACGGCCGCGCGAUGCGCUGGGCGGAGGCGGUGCGGAUUUUGUCGGACAUGCGGACGUACGCGCUCCACCCCGACGUGGUCAUUUACGGCGCAGCUGUCGCCGGCAGCGCCCGUGGCCUGCAGUGGCAGGUUGCCACGCGCCUCUUGGAGGCGAUGCUGAGCAGGGCGCUCACGCCCAAUUACCAUCGCCUGCAACGCCGCCGUGAGCGCCUGCGGCGGGGCGCAGUGGCCCGUGGCGGUGCAGCUCCUCGACACUAUGCUGCGCAUGCGCGUGUCGCCCUCCGUGGUCACCUGCGGCGCCGCGGUCAGCGCGUGCGAGCGCGGCGGUCAGUGGGCGCGGGCGUUGGCGGUGCUGCGGGAGCUCGGCGGGCUGCGCGUGGAGGUCUGUCUUUCGGACGUCAUCGCCUACAGCGCCGCCAUCAGCGCGUGCGCGCGCGGCCGCCGCUGGGAGAACGCCGUUGAGCUCUUCGCCGAGAUGUGCCGAGGCCGUGUGCAGCCAGACGCUGUGGGGUGCAGCGCCGUCCUCGGGGCGUGCUCGCAGCCAGGGCAGGCCCUGCAGGUCUUCCACGAGAUGCGGGCACGCCGCCUCAGGCCCGACGCCGGGACCUACGAGGACUUGAUCGCCGCCGGCGGCGCGGAGGGCCGCCGCGUCGGAGUCGCGGCCGUGCGGCUCGGCGCUGAGGCCGGCGACCACGCGCUGAGCGGAGCCGCGGCGGAGUGGCGCGGGGACUGGGCCGUGACAGACGUCAUCAUCCCCAUCUCGAGAUACGUGAUCGAGUACACCAGCUACCAGGCCACGGCAGAGACGAGCCCCCAGGCGGGCCUCUACGGCCGCUGGGUCAUUCGGCUGGAGCGCUACCUGAUGGGGGCGUCUUUGGUUCCGCCCGAACAUGCACACAAGUACCACGGCCGUGGGCUGCCCAGGGAGACGAAGCUGCAGCGGUCUCGUUCUCCACCUGGCAGUGCCUACGCCAUGGGCCGCACUGCAGGCUGGUGGACCACUGCAUCGGCAGGCGUCGACACCGCCGCCCGAAGACUCGACGAGCAGGUGCGGCGCACGUCGGCGGGCCGUGAUGUUGUCCGCCUGCUCCAGAGGAUGGCUGCCGACGUCCCGCUCGGCCACCGGUCGCUCCCGGUGAUCAGCCAGGCGACCCGCGCGCAGUGGCCGCACUCCUUCCAGGCGGCCGCCACCUGGACAGAGCCCAAGCUCGGGGGCCACGAGCGCAGCAGUAGGCCUGGCGGCCGACAAGGUGGAGCGGCUGCAAGCCCGUCACCAGUCGACGCAGUUCACUUCCUGGGUGAUGCGCAGCGCCUCGCGGAGUGCGAGCUGCCCGCGAUGGAGGUCAACCAUCUGUGUAAGUCCUGA